GCAAAUCAUAUCAUUCUCCGGUGUCCAUCCUCUUCUCCGCCUGUCGGCCGCGGCUUGCUCCCCUCCGCCUCGGCCGCGGCUUGCUCCCCUCUUCCGACCAUGGGCGGCGUUCUCCUUCGCGCUCUGCUCUUCUACUCGUGGGGUGGUUCCCGACGCCAACGGAUGGUCUGCAUCUCGGAGCCACCGGAAUCGCCGCCAACUGCAGAUGACCAUAUCCUAUGCGGGGCGUGUAAUGGUGUUCGUCUGGGUUGGGCCAUGGUGUUCGACGAUCUGCCGGCCGUUGGCGACGUGCUGGUGGAGCUGCCGACCUCCCAUGUUUAG